GAAGAACAAGAGGGAGGAGGCAGAGGGGAGAGCAGAAGAGGAGACGGGAGGUGAACAGAUAGUAACCAGAACAAAGGCUGAUUGUUAACUAGCUGGUUAGCUGCAGAGCAAACAUCAGUUUGUGUUUCCAGGAGGAUCAGAUGGAGUCAGAAGAGAAUCUGCUCAACGUUUUUCUGCUGCUCAUGAUGGUCGGAUACAACUUCACUCUGGUGGGUCCUUCAACCCCUGAGGAAGGCUGGCAGGUGUACAGUUCAGCUCAGGACUCUGAAGGUCGAUGUGUUUGUACAGUUGUCGCUCCUCAGCAGACGGUUUGCUCCAGAGAUGCUCGAACUAAACAGCUGCGACAGCUGUUGGAGAAGGUGCAGAAUAUGAGUCAGUCAAUUGAGGUUCUGGAUCAGCGGACUCAGAGAGAUAUGCAGUUUGUGGAGAAGAUGGAGGUUCAACUCAAGGGCCUUGAAAAUAAAUUCAAACAGGUGGAAGAUGGACAUGAAACCAACAUUGCCAGACAGUACAAGUCUAUCAAAGCAAAAAUGGAGGAGUUGCGUCCUCUUAUACCAGUUCUGGAGGCUUACAAGGCAGAUGCUCUGCUGGUCCAACAGUUUAAAGAGGAAGCAUCAAAUGUUACAGAGCUGCUGGGAUCUUUGCAGGAACAAAUGGGAGGACUGGACUACCAAGAGCUUCACAGUCGGGUGGUGAACCUGGAGGACCGUCUGCGGGCCUGCAUGCAGAGGCUCGCUUGUGGGAAGCUGACGGGGAUUUCAGAACCGAUCACCAUUAAGACUUCUGGGUCCAGAUUUGGUUCAUGGAUGACUGACCCCCUGGCUCCAUCUGGAGACAACAGAGUUUGGUACAUGGAUGGUUAUCACAAUAAUCGCUUUGUGAGGGAGUACCAGUCGAUGUACGACUUCAUGACAACAGAUAACUUCACGUCUCAUCGCCUGCCUCACCCAUGGUCUGGCACCGGUCAAGUCAUUUAUAACGGAUCGAUUUACUUUAACAAGUUUCAGAGUCACACCAUCAUCAAAUUUGACUUCAGCACGUCGCUCAUCAGCCGCUCCCGACAGCUCGACUUCGCCGGUUACAACAACAUGUACCAUUACUCGUGGGGCGGCCACUCGGACAUCGACCUCAUGGUGGAUGAAGGCGGACUCUGGGCCGUGUACGCCACCAACCAGAACGCUGGCAACAUCGUACUCAGCAAGCUAAACCCCGACACCCUGCAGACCGUUCGCAGCUGGACCACCAACCAUCCAAAACGCAGCGCUGGUGAGUCCUUCAUGAUCUGUGGAACUUUGUACGUCACCAACGGCUACUCAGGAGGAACCAAAGUGUACUACGCCUACUCCACCAACUCCUCCACCUACGAGUACAUUGAUAUUCCUCUGACCAACAAAUACAGCCACCUCUCCAUGCUCGACUACAACCCGAGAGACCGAGCGCUCUACGCCUGGAACAAUGGCCACCAAGUCCUUUAUAACGUUACACUUUAUCACAUAAUUCAGUAAGCUGGACCAUAUUUCACAUAAAUGUUCGUCUAAUGUGGGACAUAAUCUCAUAGAACAGAUUAAACACGGUUUCGACACGCAUUUCACUUGUAAGACGAUUUAUCAGGUAAUUUCUGUAUAUUCAGGGCAAAGAGACAUAUUCAGCAAAAACAUUUAAAACUGUUCGAAGCAUCUAAAGAAAACCCAAAGUAGAGAUCACUACUUUCACGUUCACUCUUCGAAACCUUACUGAGACGUCGUUAUCAUAAAACCGCUGUGAACAAUCUUUCAUUUGAGGUCUUGUUGUCUUGGUGAUCAUUUAUAAAAUUACAUUAAAUUAAUUUUGAAUCACCAAAACAAAGGAAGGAGUCGUUUUUACUCACGCUGGCGGCUGAAUUUACCCAAAGCUCCCAGUAUUAGAACAAAGCAAAGG